GUCCUUUCUCACAACUUGUGCACAGUGUUAAAUGUUCCACAUGAUCCAGUGGCCUUGGAGGAGCACUUUAGGGAUGAUGAUGAAGGACCAGUUUCCAAUCAGGGUUACAUGCCUUAUCUAAACAAAUUCAUUUUGGAAAAGGUUCAAGGAAACUUUGACAAAGUUGAAUUCAACAGGAUGUGCUGGACUCUCUGUGCUAAAAAGAACCUCUCUAAAAGUCCUUUGCUGAUUAGUGAUGAAGAUGCAUUUAAAGUGUGGGUUAUUUUUAACUUCUUAUCAGAGGACAAAUACCCUUUAAUCAUUGUACCUGAGGAGAUUGAAUAUUUACUUAAAAAACUCACCGAAGCAAUGGGAGCAGGCUGGCAGCAAGAGCAGUUUGACCAUUAUAAGAUUGCUCUCAACACCAGUCGAGAAGGUCUUUCUGCAUGGGAGCUGAUUGAUCUCAUCGGAAGUGGGCAGUUUAGUAAAGGGAUGGACCGACAGACGGUGUCCAUGGCAAUCAAUGAAGUCUUUAAUGAACUCAUAUUAGAUGUACUCAAACAGGGCUAUAUGUUGAAAAAAGGUCACAAAAGGAAAAAUUGGACAGAACGAUGGUUUGUGCUAAAACCCAAUAUUAUUUCCUACUACGUAAGUGAAGAUUUAAAGGACAAGAAGGGAGACAUCAUACUGGAUGGCAACUGUUGUGUAGAGGCCUUGCCUGACAAAGAUGGAAAGAAAUGCCUUUUUCUCAUAAAAUGUCUUGACAAAAGCUUUGAGAUCAGUGCCUCAGAUAAAAAGAAGAAGCAGGAGUGGAUUCAAGCUAUACAGACCACUGUAAACCUGCUGAGAGUGGGAAGCCCUCCACCCCACAAAGAAGCACGCCAAAAACGAAAAGAAUUGCGCCAGAAGCUGUUAGCUGAGCAAGAAGAGCUGGAGCGGCAGAUGAAAGAACUGCAAACAGCCAACGAGAACAAGCAGAAGGAACUGGAGACUGUGCGAAAGCAACUAGAAGCAGCAGCUGCUCGUGCUGCUGAGGAAGAGAAGAAAAGACUUCAGACUCAAGUUGAAUUACAAGAUCGCUUCAGUUUGGAGCUGGAGAGAGAAAAAAUGGUAAGACAAAAAAUGGAAGAGCAGGUUGCUCAGAAAUCCUCUGAACUGGAACAGUAUUUACAGAGAGUACGUGAACUGGAAGAAAUGUAUAAGCAGCUACAGGAAGCUUUGGAGGAUGAGAAACAGGCACGUCAAGAUGAAGAGACUGUAAGGAAACUUCAAGCCAGAUUACUGGAAGAGGAGUCAGCAAAGAGAGCUGAACUGGAAAAAUGGCACUUGCAGCAGCAACAGACCAUUCAGAUGACAGAAGCGGAGAAGCAAGAGCUAGAAAAUCAGAGAAUGAUAAAGGAACAGGCUCUUCAAGUUGCUAUGCAGCAACUGGAACAACUUGAACUGGAAAGGAAGGAGGCCCUUGAGCAAUAUGAGGAGGUUAAGAAGAAGUUGGAAACAGCAGCUAAUAAGACCAAGAGUUGGAAAGAUAAAGUAGCUCAUCAUGAGGGAUUAAUUCGACUAAUAGAGCCAGGCUCCAAGAAUCCUCACUUGAUCACAAACUGGGGCCCAGCCGCCUUCACUGAAGCUGAACUCAAGCAAAGACAGAAAAGCUGGAAAGGGAAAAAAGCCACUUCAGAGUGAUGACGGUAGCUGACGUAUCAUUUGUGAAUAGAAGCCCACC